AUGUCGCAACAGAUUCUCCUGGGUUUAUGGCUCCUGGCGUGCCUUUCCGCCACCGCGCCGCUGCCGCCUCCUGAGCCGAACCCGCCAAGCUGGCCCAGCAGUGUCACCGUUCUUGGCCCCGAGGACGACGUGGGCAACUUGACAGCACGGAUCGCAGCUCUUCUUUCAGAGCUCAACAAUGUGACCACCGGCCACUACAGCUCCGACAGGAAGGCGCUCCUCUUCAAGCCUGGCAAGUAUGACGCAGAGAUCAAAGUGGGCUACUACGUCCAGGUCCUGGGCCUCGGCGAGCGGCCCGAGGACGUGGAGUUCGCUAGCGCGUGGGGGGUCUACUCCGAGCCCAUGGGCGCCAUCCCAGAUCCAGGGUCCCUGGACAACUUCUGGCGUAGUGCGGAGAAUUUCCGCCAUGCCUCUCCGUGGGGCAUGCUCUGGGCAGUGUCACAGGCAUCGCCCAUCCGACGCAUUCGUGUCGACAAGGACCUGGAGCUCUCCAGGAAGGGUGCCUGGGCCAGUGGAGGCUACAUGGCCGACAUCCAGGUGGGCGGCAUGACGAAGAUGGGUGGUCAGCAGCAGUGGAUGAUCCGAAAUUCCAACAUCUCCACGCCGGAUGCUGCCGAUUUGGGUGGGCAAUGGAACCUGGUCCUGGUCGGGUGCACAGGCGGCCCCCGCGAGACCCUGCCCGCCGAUGGUUCGAAGAUCGCGCUGACGAAUGUUGCAUUGACCCCGGUUGUGGCCGAGAAGCCCUAUAUCACCAUUGACGCGCUCGGCCGCUACUCCCUGCAGGUUCCCAAGCCGAAAUUCCGCUCUGUGGGACCAGCGGUGGAAGCGACCACAUCGGUUCCUUUCGAGCAGGUCUUCGUAGCUCGGGCCGAAGACACCAGCUCGGCAAUCCAGGCGAAGCUGAACACUGGGCUCCAUGUGCUACUCUCACCUGGAAUCUACCACCUCAGCGCUCCCCUCACCCUCUCCUUCAAGGACCAGGUGCUCUUGGGAAUUGGCAUGGCGACGCUGGUCGCUCCCAACGAUGGCAGCCCCUGCGUUUUCGUGGAGUCCGCUGCAACGGGCGCACGCGUUGCGGGGAUCGUGCUGCAGGCCGCUUUCUCCUUCCACUCUCAGUCGGCGCAGCUGAAGAGGCCGCAGAGCAGCCUCCUGGAGUGGGGCCGCCCUGGCGAGACCUCGGGUGAUCCUGGGAACCCAGGUGUCCUUUCCGACGUUUUCGCCCGCGUUGGAGGGCCGGACACGGACCGCUCGAUAGGCCUUGGAGCCAUGUCGGUCUUAAGCGUAGGCCAGUUCUUCGUGGACUGCUGCGGCAUCCAGAUUAACAGUGAUCCUAGGCCGACGAUCAACCCCGAUGGGAGCAUCAACUUCCACAAGUGGCAUGAGCUGAUCAAGGACUCCAAGCUCCCUUACAUGACCUUCGACCCACCUCAGAAGAAGGCCGCAUUUGCCCAGGGCUGCCGCAAUUGCUACUUUGCUCCGCCAAGGGCCUGGAUCUGUGCUACGCCUCCAUGCUGUGCGACGCGCUACCUCCAGCAAAAAUAUGGCCCCUUCAAGAAGUUCCAGAUCUCCAAGGAUGACUGGCUUCCACUUAUGCUGGAGAGGGACAACCCGCAUUGCCCGGAUUUCCUCCGCGGCAUCUGGUGGAUGAAGGACAACAUUGCCAACGAAACUCUGCUCACAUUUCAGGAUGCCGCCUGGAGACCCGAUGGCCGCUUUGGCACGAAAGAUACUGGAACCAAUUGGUCCACGGGCACCAACCUGCUUGGAAGCCUUCUGGCAUCGAUCAAGAAGUUCCCGGCAGGCUUCCAGGUCGAGCCUGGGGCGAACCCGAAGUGGGUUGGGCUGACCAACGGCGAUGAUUGGAUCUACGUCCUUGGAGAAGAGGACAAGGGGAAGCUCUUGUACCCAGACGGAACCCCAGUUGACUUCAUCGUUGGCGAGGAUCUGCUGAGGGUCUCCGUUUCUGGGGGCGACCCCUACACUGGCGUCUUCUAUCAGUACUUGGUGAAACGAGUUGCGUUCAAGGACUGUGACGGAAAAGUCGUGAAGACGCAGUACUUCGACGAGCUUGUGGAGCGAGCCACGCGCCCCACUGUCGAUGGCUGCUGCUGCAAUCUUUUCCUCUGUACUACGAGUGACGAGGAUUACGGGGUUGUCUAUGAUUCCCUCGACGACACCCAGCUCAUCGUGUACAACCAGGACAAGUACCCGCCGGCACCUUCUCAGUGA